AUGCUCCCUCAAAUCUUCAUUUCAGCAUUCGUACUCCUUCUCCCAGUUGCUUCAGGAUCAUUCCCGGAAGUAUAUGGAAUGGGGGGUGAGCCUGUGACGCUGCCAUGUUCUUAUCCUGAAUCUCGUGCACUCUCAUUCGUGUGCUGGGGCCGAGGCGAAUGUGCUUCUGAUACGUGUGGACAAACACUUGUCUGGACUGAUGGAAACCGAAUCAACUAUCGGACAAGCAGUCGCUACCAGAUCAACGCGCAGCUUCUUCAAGGAAAUGCAUCCUUGACCAUCGAUUACGCCUAUGUGAGUGACAGCGGUCUCUACUGCUGCCGAGUGGAAAUGAAGGGAUGGGAUGGUGUGCAGACACUGACCACCUCACUGCAGGUUCAACCAGGAAGCAAUUCGACCAGGACUAAAGGCCUUGCUAUUGGUCUCUCCAUUUUCGUGCUGCUUCUAGUUCUUGUGAGCUCAUUAGUUGUGGCAAAUUACAUAUUUAUGAAAAAGAGGCCAGGAUCUCAAAGCUUGGUAGCCUUUUGUGUUUCUAAGAUCAGAACUUUACUAAAUAAAGAGGCUGCGUGACCACGAGCCCAAGACAACGGACGUCUACAAUAUUGAAGACGAUCUUCAUGUCAGCGUUUAAGUUUCAGGAGAAGACAGCUACGGCAUAUCACCAGGCUGGACACCCCUUAAGUGCCUGGACUAUUUUCUGUGUCAGUUCACCUUGAGUUCCCACUUUGCAGCGGCAGUGGAGAGGCUGCCCCUCUAGCUGUCUCUUUGCAUAUCCACUGCUGACAUGAUGCCGUCUCUCCACACUACCGAUCCUUCCUUCAAACACGAAUGCUUGAACAUUUUGGGCGUCCUUUAGGCCCCAUAAUUCUUUUGUCUGCGAAAAGCAAUUAUUGGUAAUAUCUAUCUUAGUUACUAAAACCAUCCAGCAAAGAGGAAUAGGAUUUUAAAGUAAAACUAAAAUAAAACAAAUGUGGAUUUAAUUAAGGAGGAUGAGAUUUAAUUUAGAUUUGAUUCAUGAUUCUGCUUUGUUUAUGUAAUUAGUGGAUGCCAUACAGGAAGAGCUCCCUGGAGAUGGCCCACUGUCUGCUCAGCUGCAAUGGGACUAGUCUGGUGAGGCAUGGCCACAAAGACUUCGUCCCAGGAUUGCUUCUUGUUACUGAUGCGCUUUCUCAAAUUUGUCACUGCCAUACUCCUCAUUUAUUUAUUUUUUUUUUCGGUUCUUUUUUUCGGAGCUGGGGACCGAACCCAGGGCCUUGCGCUUCCUAGGCAAGCGCUCUACCACUGAGCUAAAUCCCCAACCCCCAUACUCCUCAUUUAUGUGGCUUCAUGUAAGUGGACACCAAGAGACCCUCACUGCCUAUAGCCUUCUGUGAAUACUUUCUGGGUGACAGCCCACCCUAUUGGGCAUAUUUCCUAGAGACCAACAAGAAGAUGACUUGUCAUGAAUUAAUGACAAAUAAUUUAAUGACUUUACAGGAUUCGUGAUUUGAUUCAGAUAAUUUUAGGAAGAAAAUUUGAGGAGAUGAUUUUAGCUGUUUUGCCAAGAAGAUGUAAUAAAGGUAGAAUAAAGAAUAGCAUAAGACUCCCUCCUCAUAGAAUAGUAAGUAAAAAUCAACAUAAUAGGGAAUUGCAUAAAUUGCACUAAGAAAAGAAAUAGGUUUGAGACAAAUUUGUGAUCAAGGAUAAACACUCAAUCUAGGUCAGAUCCAAGCAUGAGGCCAUGGGUGUUCACUAUGAUAAUGAACUUAUAGAAUGAAACACUGCUU